UGAAAAGACUUAUGAUCAUGUGGAUUGGGUUUUUCUAGACCAUCUAGUUGAAAGGAAGGGGUUUAGUUCAAGAUGGAGGACUUGUAUGGGAGGUUGUUUAUCCGUAGUUGCUUUUGCAAUCCUUGUGAACGAUAAUGCCAAAGGUUAGGUCAAAGCUUUUAAAGGCCUAAGAUAAGGAGAUCACUAUACCCUUUCCUCUUGACCAUUGUAGUUUAGGUGUUUAGUAAGAUGAUGUUGGGGGCUAAGGAGAGUACACUAUUGGAAGGCUUCAUUGUAGGUAGGAGUAGGACUAGUGUCCCAUUUGCAAUUCACAGAUGAUUCCAUUUUCUUUUCUAGAGCUUGUUCGGAAGAAUUGCACUCUUAAAAUGAUUUUAUUAGUAUUUAGGCAUAUAUUUGUACUUAAGGUCAAUUAAGAUACGAGUACUCUUUUUGGCAUCAACAUUGAUCAAGAUCAACACACUAGAAUGGUAUCCUUGCUUGAUUGCAAAGCCUCUGAUCUGCCUCUUCCUUACUUGGGUCUUCCACUAAGAGAAACCCAUAGGCAUGUGUUUUUUAGGAUCUAAUGAUUGAGAGAAUUUUUCAAAGAUUAGAUGGGUGGAAAAAAGGCCUAUUUGUCAUUUGGUGGAAGAAUAACUCUUAUUCAUUCGUGUUUAUCCUAUAUUCCUAGCUAUUUUCCCUCCAUGUUCAAAAUCCCUUUUUUAGUGGCAUUAAAAAUUGAGAAAUUGUAGAUGGAUUUCCUUUGGUAGAAGUUUUUUUUUGAUAGACAAAGAGAAAAAUAAAUUAAAACACGCCAAAACAGGGGGCGCUCCCUACGUACACAAGCAGUAUACAAAGAAAGCCAAAACAAGGCAACAAAAGAAAGAAAAAACCUAAAGAGGAAAAAGCUAACCAACAAGUCAAUCACCCAAAAAAUUCAGAAAAGAGAGAGUCCAAGUCCAAAAAUUGUUGAGACCACUCAAGAAGAGACCAAAAAAAGAGGUUCCUCAAGCAAGUAUCUGACAUCUCUUCCUCUUGCAACAUUCUUCAGUUUCGCUCUCCCCAAAUACACCAAAAAAGACAAAUAGGCGUCAAUCUCCAAACUGCUUUCCUUUUCUUCCCUAGCCCCUUAACUUUCCAUUCUAGAAGCAAAUUUUUCACUGAAGCCGGGAACACCCACACCACCCCAAAAGAAGAAAGCAACAUUCUCCAAAGCUCCCUUGUCUUACCACAAUGAAUUAGGAUGUGGUCCACCGAUUCCUCAUUCUCUUUACAAAGACUACAUCUAUUAACUAUAGACCAGCCCCUCCUUUGGUAGAAGUUGAGGAGCACAAGAGAGGCCAUCUCAUUAGUUAGGACUUAGUGUGUAAGUCUAAGGUGGAAAGGGUUUGGGGUUUGGGAAGAUUUCUUUAAAGAAUCGUGCUCUAUUAGGGAAAUGGCUUUGGAGGUUUCCUAGGAAAAAAUUUGCUCUUUGGCAUUAUGUUAUUCUAAGCCUUUACAAGCCACAUGCUAAUGAAUGAGAUGUCAACACUACAAUCAGGUGAUCAUGUCAUUGCUCAUGGAAGGCCAUUGCUCAAUUCUUUUAGGAUUUUAUCAGAUAUGUUCAGUUAGUGGUGGGAGAUGAGGCAAGAAUCCAUUUUUGGGAAGACUUAUGGUACUGAUGAUGAUCUUCCUCCAUCACAUCAAAAUAGAGGUUCAAGAGGAGGUCGUGUUGCAGGAAAUGGAAGAUCUGUUGUAGGUUCUGCCCCAUACCCUAGGUUGCAUAGUGAUAUGGAGACCCAGAUUCACCACCUUGAGCAAGAAGCCUACAGUUCUGUUUUGAGAGCUUUUAAAGCUCAGUCCGAUGCCAUUACUUGGGAUAAGGAAGGUUUAAUAACAGAACUUAGGAAAGAGCUGAGGGUAUCUGAUGAUGAACACAGAGAGCUUCUGGCCAGAGUUAAUGCUGAUAACAUAAUUCAGAGGAUAAGGGAAUGGAGACAGGCAGGUGGGCACCAAACUGCUAUGCUCAGCAUGUCUCAGCAUGCUCAUGAUCAAAUACCUAGUCCUACUGUUUCAGCAUCUCGCAAGAAACAGAAGCUAUCUCAAUCGGUACCUUCUCUUUCAUUUGGUGUCUCAUCACAAGCUUUACACCCUCAAUCAGUAGCUCCUGCAUCAGUGCAGCCAUCGCCAUCGACCAUGAAACGAGGACCUACAUUAGGUGGCCGGGGGAAAAAAUUUAAACCAGGUCAACCAUUUCCUGGUUUAUCCUCAGUGAAGUCUAUGCAAUACCAUUCAAGCAUUACUGCAGGAAGGGGUCAAUUUCGCACUUCUUCUGGCACCCUCACAACAAAUGAACCUGCUGAGCCUGGAACAUAUGAUCCAUUAAUUGGAAGGAAGGUGAUGACUCUAUGGCCUGAAGACAACAACUUCUAUGAGGCUGUAAUUACUGAUUACAACCCUCUUGAGAUUUCUCCUGAGGACAUCCAAUGGGAAGGGGAGGAUCCAGGAAUAUCACGUCAAGGAGGGCGUGGCGGACAAGGUCGUGGUGUUAAGAGAUCCACAAGCCGUGGUGUUGCUCUUCCAAGUGCUGGAAGAGGGAGAGGAUCCACAAAGGUUCAAUCCAAUAGGGAAUUCCCUCCAUCUCAAAAUGGGAUUGGGAAGAAAGUUUCAGAUUCGGAUGAUAUUGAAAUAUUUCACACAGAUACACUAAUAAAGGAGGUUGAGAGGGUAUUUGGUGCAAGUCAUCCUGAUCCUGUUGAGCUUGAAAAGGCAAAGAAAAUGCUCAAAGAGCAUGAGCAAGCAUUGGUUGAUGCAAUCUCAAGGCUUGGGGAUGCGUCUGAUGGUGAAAGUGAUGAAGAGCAGCCUCUCUCACGUGGGCAACGAAUGGACCGAGAACAGGGAUGGAGGACAGGUGGUGGGGGUGAGAUGGCUGGAGGAAUGCCUGAUGGUUCUGAGGGUGGUGAAAGGAUGGCAGGGGUGGGCAGAACCGCUUCAGAUGACCAACAAGAUAAUGAUAUUGAUGACAUCUAAUUUCAUUUAUUUUUUGAUAAUUUACUUUUGCCUAGUCAGUUAGGUUUCUUUGGCUAGAAAAAUCUUUUUUUACUUGUAACAAUCCCUUGCUCUAACAUAUGCAUGUUCUGGUUUUUGCCGAAAGGAUAGAAAGUUGUAGGCCAUGCAAUUUAAUGUAAAACUAAUUAUUAUGUCAGUGUUAUUGCGUGAAACAAUGUAAAAUUUUUGUGGGUAUGAGGCUCUGCCUUGGAGUUGCAAAUUGCAUUCGAA